AUGGUAGAAGUCGAGCCGCUGGCAAGAAUAACCGAGCAGAUGGUUAUGAAACUCAUCUGGCAGCAUAUCAUCUACCGAUUCAGUAUCCCUCGGUGGCUCGUCUUAGAUAACGGAAGGCAGUUUGUCGGCCAAGGACUCAGAGAAUGGUGCGGAGGAUAUGACAUUCAGCAAGCAUUCACCUCGGUAGCCUACCCUCAAAGCAACGGGCAAGUGGAGGUCGCCAACCACGAAAUUCUCAUAAUCCUCCACGCUCGGCUAGACCAUACGGGAGGCAGUUGGGUCGAUGAGCUCCCCAGUGUACUGUGGGCGCUUCGCAUGACUCCCAAGAAAGGGAUCGGGGCAACUACUUCCCACCUGGUGUACGGUGGAGAAGCGGUCGUCCCCGUCGAGGUCGGAGUUGAAUCCGAUCGGAUGCAACACUACAGCGAGGACAAUGCCGAGAGGAGGCUCUUGGAGCUGGACUUGGUGGGUAAGUGUGGAGAGGGAGUGGCCGACACUUCUUCUGCUAGGGAUCCUUGCGGCAGGAGAUGGCUGGCGAGAAGCGGCUCGCGGCAGGAGAUGGCGCUUCAAGAGAGGAAGGAGAUCGCGGCAGGAGAUGGCGAAGAGAGGGAGAGGGAGGUUUGGGAAAGUGCGAUCGCGACAGGAGAUGGCGAAGAGAGGGAGAGGGAGAGCUCGCGAAUCGCGAUUUCUGCUAGGGCUCGCGUCGAGCUCGCGGGGGCGCUUCUGCUAGGGCUCACAGUGUAG